CUCUCAGACACACACACACACAAGUCAGUUCGGCACCGGUGCAUGUAUUCGGACUAGAGUAUUCUUUGCCAGAAUAAGCCAGCUUCAUGCUUCCAUGUGCAGGAGAUGCCCAUCAAAACGGCAAGACAAAAUGUGGAUAUAGCAAACAAGCUAUCAAGCAAGGAUUUGUUACGCUUGAGCAAUUCGAACCCAGAUGAGGGAAGUGACGGUCACGAUGAUGAAUAUAGUAUACUUACGUCAAAAGGACAAAGCUUCAAUUGUAAGGCUUACCAAUCACAAGAACUUGAAGAGCAUGACCGAAAAAUGAUGAUGACAAUAUUCGAAGAGAAUAUGAGGACGAUGUACGAAGAAACGCCAGGAGGUUGGGAUGCACAAUCAAAAAAAGAAGAAUUGUUUGACAAUCUGUCAAGAUUCUUCAUCAUACGCCAAGCAAAUCAAGACAAUGCAGCUAUAAUUGCAUUUAUCAUGUGGCGCUUUGAUUUAGAAGAUUGUGAUGCAAAUGAUCCUGUUGCACGAAAAGGCAAACGAAAGAUCGAGAUUGCAUAUUGCUAUGAGAUUCAGGUGCAUUCCGAUUUCCGUCAAUAUGGACUGGGCAAAUGGAUGAUGAACAGACUGGAAGCAGUUGCACGCAAUACUAAUAUGCGAAAAGUGAUGCUAACCGUAUUCAAGUCUAAUACGCAUGCAAAACAAUUCUACGAUCGAUUAGGGUUCAAGCUUGAAUAUAGUACGCCAGAAAACGAAGAUGAAUUGGACGAGCUAGGAGAAUAUGUUAUUUUGGGAAAAGCCACGAUGUAAGGGUGCUGACAUGUUGAAUUUGAACAAUUGAGCCUCUUGGCAUGGAAUCGCGAAAUUGAUUAAAAUGGAUGGGUACGUGCUACCAAAAUAUUGGAAUGAUUGUGAAGGAAGUGUUUGAAUGCAGCCAAGGUUGCUUGGCACAUUUGUUGCCGCGCUUGGCCUUUGAUUUGGGCCCUUUAGGAUCCGACCGGUAACGGCUUUUUUGUGUUUUUUAUUUAGCGUCUUUUGUUUUGUUUUUUGUGCCUUAUUUUGCCGGAUUUGGUUUUACACGCCGAGCAAUAAAUAUUUGUC